AUGGGCAAUUGUUUCGGUUUUGGGUCUGAAGGUGUGAGUGGAGGAUCAUGUGCUUCAUGCUACCAGUCGUGUUGCUAUGGUGGAGACACUCCUGCUGGUGGAUGGUUUGCCCUUGGUCAGAGCAGAGGAGCCAAGGGUGAUGGAGUCUCAAAAGUGACAGUGUGCUUUGGACUGUUUCUCGGUAUUUUGGGUAUCUUGCUCAUUGCAGGGGGGGUUGUAGUUGGCUACAACCCAGAGAAGCUGGACCCAAUACUUUUCUAUGUUGAAGAUGUCACACAACAUGAAUUUUUGCCAACUUAUCAACUCAUGAUUGCAAUUGGAGUCUUUUUAUGCCUAUCAGCCACCUGUGCCUGUUGUUGUGGUGUUUUCUUCAACAUUGCGGCCUGUUGCUUGCUGAUUGCUUUCAUCAUGGUCAUUGUUGUGGUUGGCUGCCUAAGUCACAGUGUCAGCAAAUUUGACAGUGAAAGACUAGAUUCCGAUAUCAAGACAAAUAUGAUGGCUAAAAUAAACAGCACUGAUUUUAAAAGCACGGAUUCCAUUUUGAAUUACAUUCAGCAAAAAUUGGAAUGCUGUGGAGUACAGAACCCGUCGGAUUGGCAAAAUAAUAACAAUUUUAACAAUGAAACCUUUCCCGACUCUUGCUGUAAAGUUGAAACUCCCAACUGUGGACAGAAUUACAGACCAGACGACAUAUUUCAGGAUGGGUGUCAGACCGACAUGAUGCACAAGAUUACGAUAUAUUUUCGUUGGCAGAUAAGCUUUCUGGCAAUUUUCUGUCUCAUUGCAACAUUCGUAAUCUGCUUCUGUUGCUGCAUUGCUUGUGGCUGCUGA